GUGGGUGUGGGGCUUUUGGGUCUUUACAGGUAGAGAAUUGGUGAGACUAAUUACUUGUUAUUAUUGAUACUUAGUUUGUGUUUAGUGGGACUAAGUGAUGGGUAGGCAGCCUUGCUGUGACAAGCUUGGUGUGAAAAAAGGGCCAUGGACAGCUGAGGAAGACAAGAAACUCAUCAACUUCAUUCUUACCAACGGCCAGUGUUGCUGGCGUGCUGUUCCUAAGCUCGCUGGCCUCCGCCGCUGCGGCAAGAGCUGCCGGCUUCGGUGGACUAAUUAUCUUCGGCCUGACUUGAAGAGAGGCCUUCUUUCUGAGGCUGAGGAACAGUUGGUUAUUGACCUUCAUGCCCGUCUUGGCAAUAGGUGGUCGAAGAUUGCAGCCAGAUUGCCAGGCAGAACUGACAAUGAGAUCAAGAAUCACUGGAACACCCACAUCAAGAAAAAGCUUCUUAAAAUGGGAAUUGACCCUGUCACUCACGAACCCUUGAACAAAGAAGCUAAGGCUGAAGAAAGUUCUUCCCAUGCUGAUCAUUCUGCAGAUAAUCAAAAUACUACAGAAAAUGAUGGCAUCGUCAACUCAUCAGAGGAUAAUUCGAGUACACCAACUGAGAAUUGCUCUAGUACUACCGAUGAUUCCAAUUUGUUAGACAGCAUUUGCAAUGAUGAAUCUUUAUUGACUAGCUUAUUAUGGAUGGAUGAACCUCCCCUAGUUGAUGCUUCAUGGAACAGUGUCCCAGCAGGAGAAACAGCUUGUAAUGGCACAAGCUUGCCAUCUUGGGAGGACGACUGCGCAUGGUUGCCAGACUGUCAGGAUUUUGGUAUUCAUGACUUUGGAUUCGACUGCCUCAACGACAUUGAAUUAAACACGAUGAACACGUUAGAGAUGGGCGACAAAACAGUCCUCAGUGUUGAUGCUAUCUUCCUGUAUUUGGGAAUAUUGUUGGAAGGUCGAAGGUAAACCUCGCUUCUUCAGAGGUUUCUCACCUACCAAUUCAAAAGUGACACCAACCCUCAUAUCCGCAAGAUAUGAUAUCUCUUUGUGCAUGCCUUGCAAAUAUUGUAAAUCUUCUGUAAAAGACAGGGAAACAAUUAUUAUUCAGCCAAAGAAACAAGGGAAGACAGGGACAUAAUGGGCAUGAUAAAAGUGCUAGUGAGUUUUGUGACCGUGAAACCUCUUGUAUAUAUUUAUAUGCAAAUAAAGGUAAAAGAACAUUGCUUA